AUGUAUGCCAAAUGUGAUGCCAUAGAGAGAAUAGAAUUAUGGGAUACACUGUAUGCUUUGGCUAGCGAUAUGAUAUCUCCAUGGAUUGUUAGUGGGGAUUUCAAUGUAAUUUGGGAUGAGGAGGAGAAAUUUGGUGGACUUCCAGUAGAUUUGAAUGCAUUAGAUGACUUUAGGCAUUGGUUGGAGAUCACGCACUUGUCCAAAAUUGGAUAUGACCACAACCACUUGUUAAUCAAGUGUGAUCCAGAUGUUAUUCCUGUUAACAAGCAAUUCAAAUUCCUAAACUUUUGGAUAGAUCAUGCGACUUUUCAAGAUGUAGUGAAGGAAAACUGGCAGCUUGAUUUUAGUGCUAAUCUCUUUAUCAUAUUCAAUCACAAAUUGAAGAAGUUAAAGAAGGCAUUAUUAGCAUGGAGCAAGGCUACUUAUGGAGAUAUUUUUCAGAAAAUUGCUAGCUUAGAAGAAGUGGUGAUGUUUAAAGAUGGUGAUCGCAAUAAUAGAUUCUUUCAUGUUCAAGUGAAUGGGAGGAGAAGAAGAUUGCAGUUGAAGAAGAUUCAAAAUGCAGAAGGAAACUGGAUUGAAGGCAAUGCACAAAUGGCUGAAGAAGCAGUAAGAUUCUUUACUGCUAAGUUUCGUAAAGAUAUUGUCCCUACUGCAUUUGGGAUCAUUGAUCAUGUUCCUAAUAUGGUCACUAUGGAGCAUAACCAAGAUUUGGUAAGACAACCUACAAAAGAGGAGGCCAAACACGCUGUGUUUGGGCUAAAUGGGGAAAGUGCAGGAGGACCUGAUGGCUUCAGUGGAAAGUUCUUUCAUUACUGCUGGGAGAUCAUAGGAGAUGAUGUGUAUGCUAUGGUGUUCUCAAGGGUUAUCCAUGAAAGAGUAGUCAACUUGUUACCUACACUUAUAUCAAAUGAACAUGCUAGAUUUGUUAAAGGGAGGAGUAUUGUGGAGAAUGUGCUAUUGACUCAACAAAUAAUAACUGAUAUUAGACUGAGAACAAGGGCAGGACUAAAUGUGGUGAUCAAGUUAGACAUGACCAAAGCAUAUGAUAGACUAUCUUGGCUAUUCAUGACUAAAAUGCUGAGGAAAAUGGGCUUCUAUGAGAGAUUCAUUGGGAUUGUUUAUGGCAUUGUUGCAAACAAUUGGUACUCAGUGUUGAUUAAUGGCCAGCCCUAUGGAUUUUUCAAAUCCACCAGAGGAAUUAAACAAAGUUACCCUUUGUCACCUACUCUAUUCAUUCUAGCUGCCGAGGCAUUGUCAAGGGGAUUGAAUUCACUUCACUUGAAUCUUUACUUAUGUGGGUUUGGGUUACCAAAAUGGAGUCCAAGGAUCAAUCAUCUUGCAUAUGCAGACAAUACCAUAAUUUUUCAACCUCAGAUGCAACUUCAUUACAAUUGA